CCAGUACCGAGUCACUGGAAGGCACGCACCAGAAAUAGGCAACUUCUUUGUGACUUCUGAGAUCUUUAAACGGAGUUUUUUUACGAAGAAGUAUUGAGAAAUCUCUUGGCCGUAAAAAUGUGGCCAAAUGUAAGUUUGCGGAUGAGUAAGAUAAGCCGGAUAUGGUUCGAGUGUGUUGAAUGCCUGUCCAUUACAGCGUAGCUGAGCGGCUUCGAGUUCAGCUUACUUGCACGUAUGAUCCGAGGGAUACACUAUAAAGCAGAGCAACUCUGAUAGUUCCAUCAAGCAUCACAAUUCACUUCUUUCUUUCCUUCUUCCAUUCAUUUGUUGGUCAGUCUGAGAACACUUUUUCACGUUCAUUACAUUCAUCCAUUCACUCGUUUAUUUUUCCGAUUCUUCUUCUUCGCUUGCAUACUCCACGUACAGAUCUGCGUCACGACGCCCUUAACACCGCCCAAUGCGCUUCAACUCGGUCCUAGCCCUUGGGGCUGCUAUCAGCCUAGCAGCACCUGGCGUUCUCGCUAGAGCUCUUCCUGAGACACGUGCAGUUGAUUCUGACGCUGGAAUUCUUGCUGAAGAAACAAUUCUUUGCAUCAAGGAUUUCUGUGCUUCGAAGAGCGAUGAAGAACAAGUCAGCACGCAGUGCGGAUCAUCUCUUCUGGCCCUUACUCAACCUGGAUCCCCAUCACUAUCCUCUAUAGAGGAAUGUGUUAGCCAAUUCAGCAAUCUUGUUGUCCAGAACACUGAAACUAGUACUUCCCAGACUGAGGAGGCCUUUUACGAAGUCUUCGCUGUAACUGAUAACGAGCAUAUUGCAAACGAGAAGCGCGCCCGAACAUCACCCAUCAAGACCACUGCUUCAUCCAAGACCACUGCUUCAUCCAAGACCACUGCUUCAUCCAAGACCACGGCUUCAUCCACGACCACUGCUUCGUCCAAGACCGCUUCAUCGUCCAAGAGUGCUUCAUCGUCCAAGAGUGCUUCAUCGUCCAAGAGUGCUUCAUCGUCCAAGAGUGCUUCAUCGUCCAAGAGUGCUUCAUCGUCCAAGAGUGCUUCAUCGUCCAAGAGUGCUUCAUCGUCCAAGAGUGCUUCAUCAUCCAAGACCGCUUCAUCGUCCAAGACCACUUCUUCUAUCACGAGUGCUUCCUCAUCCAAAAGCGCUUCCUCGACAGCCUCCUCGCUCAUUACUUCCUUGAAGUCAUCAAGCACCGGGAGCCCGUCUAAUACCACUUCUAUCGCCUCCAAGACCACUUCUAGCAUUUCUAAAACCCCAAGUAGCUCUGCAUGCCCUCUCCCUGGAAAGAAUAGCAAGGGACAGACUAUUCAGCGACGAUGUGCAGAUGGCAAGUAUUACGACAAGACUGAUCUUCUUGCUAACAAAGUUACUCACUGGCGGUUUAACACUAUGAAUGAUGCCAAAGACUAUAAUGCAGACCCUAAGGUCAAGAAGGUCCUCACAACAAUGAAAGAACUUGGUCAGUUGGACGUUGUUAAAAUAUCAAGUGGAGAACUCAAAGUUAUGGGCAAUCCGGUAACGGACGAUGAAGAUAACGGAAUUGAGGGUGGAACCGAUCCUAAGGAUUACACCCAAAUGGGCGGAGACUAUAUCCUGACAAAUGGAGGUUUUUUCCAAAACUACGGGGAAAAGGUGCACAGGUACGCACCAGCGAUACCAAAGGGCGAAACGACAAAAGUUAAGCGUUGGAUUAAAGGUAAAAACGGGGACGCCAAGGAGGGAAAAGAAGCUGAGAAGGCCGAAGCAUACGACCACUCGUUUCCUGUAGUUGAAGAGUACCGAAAGUACUACACCGAGAUUGUGGGUGUCGAUGAAACCAAUGUGUGGUCCGGGCCGGACCUCAAGCUGGAAUACCCUGAGAUCGACACCAAACAAGGAAUAUGGAAAUACCCUUAUACCCCCGUAGAGCCGCCAGUUGAUGAGGAGACCCCUUCGGCCAUCGGAAAGCUGGAUCAUGCCUCCCAGCCAAACGAGCGUAUCGCUCUUGUCAAUUUCGGUUCCACUUUUUACAGCAUAACAUACACAUCUGAAAAUCGAUCGAAGGGUAUCCCCACGACACAGUUCAGGACCUUAAUUACCACCUUUUUCUCCGAGAUGGGAGAGAACAGAGACAUCUCCAAAGCCAAUGUUGCCGUGUGCCUUGACGGUGGGCCAAGUAUCUCGAUGAUCUGGAAAAAAGAUGGGGAAGAUAAACCAAAGCACAUCGCCUUCGGGCAACAGGGUGACAACGUUCCCAGUCCUGGAAAACCGGGUAUGGUCAGCAACUUGAUCAAGAUCGCCGUCAAAUAA